AUGGCAGUUUUGUGGACAGGUUCGCAAAUCCCGUUGUACCUAUUCGGCGGCAUUCCUCCGUAUAUCUAUCAAGACAUCGGCAGCGUCGACCGUCGGACCUGGUUUGUGCUGGGCAACCUCCUCGCCCUGGCCGCCAUCUGUCCCUUUGUCGGGUCUCUUUCGGACUUGAUCGGUCGACGAUACGUCGCGUUGAUCGGAGCCGGUUUCCUAGUUUUUGGAAUGAUUGUCGUGUCCACAGCCAAUACUAUGAACACCUUUAUUGGAGGCAUGGUCAUAUCAGGAGUUGGUGCUGGUAUCAAUGAGCUCACGGCUCUGGCGGCUACGUCUGAGAUGGCCCCUACCUCUAAGAGAGGCAAAUACGUCGCCGUGUUGAUAUUUACAAUUAUCCCAUUUUGCCCUUCGGUGCUCUGGGGACAGUGGAUUGCCUAUCACGCUAAUUGGAGAUGGAUUGGACUGCUCUGCGGUCUGUGGGGUUUCAUCGGUCUUGUCAUGACGGCCAUCUUCUAUUUCCCGCCACCCCGGGUCAAUAGUGAGGGUCUUAGCAGGAAAGAAAUCAUCAACAAAAUCGACUAUGUGGGGGGAUUCCUCAGUAUCUCUGGUAUGAUUCUGUUCAUGAUGGCCUUGCAGUGGGGUGGAAACCAAUACUCCUGGAAAUCGGCCCAUGUCCUCGUUACACUUCUCUUGGGUGCUGCCCUUCUCAUCGUAUUUGGAUUUUGGGAAAUCUACGGUGCCAAGAUCCUGGCCCUGACACUCAUUAUAACAUUUAUUUCCGGAGCGAAUUUCUUCUCGGUACUUCUCUUCUGGCCUACCCAAGCAUUCAACGUCUACGGUCAUGACCCCGUUGGUGUCGGGGUGCGAGGAAUCCCUAUUGGACUUUCCAUCCUUGCUGGUGCCUGCGUCGUGCUCUGGUUACUCUCGGUCUUCAAGGGACAGAAUAAGUUACUUAUGAUUCUUUCGUCUGCUUUGAUGACUGCAGGAACCGGAGCAAUGGCGGUGGCUGAUAUUGAUAAUCUUAACGCCCUCUGGAUUAUUCUCAUCAUUGCCGGAUUUGGCAUUGGAGGUAUUGUUGUUCCUGCUUCUAUCAUCACCACAAUCAUUUGUCCCGAUGACUUGAUCGCCACAAUGGCUGCCCUGACGCUGGCAGUUCGAGUCGUUGGAGGAGCCAUCGGUUAUGCCGUUUAUUAUAACGUUUUCGUCAACAACUUUACCUCCAACGCCAUUCACUACAUCGGCGGAGCCAUGGUGCUCGAACUGGGCAUCACCGAUCCUCACGCCAUCGAAACCGCCACCGAAUACACGGGAGACUCGCUACUCGAACCACUCAAAACCCUUCCCGGAAUUGGAAACAACGAGACAGCAUAUAUGAUCGUGGUGCGUGCUGGGCAGAUGGCGUACGCGGCGGCGUACGCCGCAGCGUACAAAUACGUGUACUAUACCAGCAUUGCUUUUGGUGCGGUUAGCAUCCUUGCGGCCAGAUCGACUUCCAAAAGUACGGUAGAAAUGCGCAUAGGGUCGACAAACAACUGCCAAUCAAGGAAUGAACUUUUUUUGGCGGGGAUUUCUUCGUCUGUGACUAUUACUUUCAAGAUUCUUCAUCCAAGCUGUCCUUGUACCUUUCGUAAGUUUCAUAGAUUUCCAAGGAUCACGUUUUUGCUACCGGAGCCGAACAUAGUCCAGGUGCGCUGGGAGGAUAGUCAGAGUGCCAGCACAAACGGCGUCCCCAGUAAGGCAAAUGAUCUUGACUUCGUCUAUGGGAAAAUUCGGAAUCCGUCCAUUGUUUUGUUGAUUUUGGGUAUCACCGUAAGUGAUGACAGCGCGAUUCAGUCUUUGACUUUAUUUGGCAAAUCCUCGAUGGCACGAUGA